GACCGUCCCUUCUCUCCCGAUCCGGCGGGAGGGAGGGGGGAGGGGCGGGAUUUCCUGCGGGAGGCGCCGAGCCGGCCUUGGAAAAGGAGAAGGAGAAGGGGGUGGGGGGCCGUGGGAGUCACCGUCCUGAGUGCCAGGGACCGAGCAGGGCCAGCCGGACCCCCGGCGGGACGGCCGGGCGAGACCCCUGAGACUUGUCUACCGCGGCUGCUUGAGGCCCGAGGGAAUGCUGGCUGCUCUCUGGGUGGGCAUUGGUGCUCCCCAGCCAAGCCGGGAAGAUUGGCGUGCCCAGUCCCGGCCCAUCCUGGGGCCGUCGGAAGCUGCAAGCUGAUAUCCGUCCAGAUUUCCACGUAGCCUCCACCCCCUCAGAGACUGGCUUUCCUGCUUGUGGUGGCAGCUCACGGAGCACCUUGAGGGAAUAUCCAUCAGCACCUGACAAGGAGCCCACUGCCUGGGACACCAGACGUGCUCCCCCAGGACCAGGAGCUCUCCAGGGGGCUGAGGCAUGGCGCCCUGACGCCUUGGCUUGGACCAGUUUGCUUGCCUCUGCCCUGGACUCAACCCAGAGCCUGGCCCAGGGGCCAGGAUGGGUCGUGAACAGGACCUGAUCCUCGCUGUCAAGAACGGAGAUGUAACUGGUGUGCAGAAACUGGUGGCUAAGGUCAAGGCUGCAAAAACAAAGCUCCUGGGCUCCACGAAGAGGCUGAACGUCAACUACCAGGAUGCCGACGGAUUCUCUGCUCUCCACCAUGCUGCCUUGGGGGGCAGCCUGGAGCUCAUAGCCUUGCUGCUGGAGGCACAGGCCACCGUUGACAUCAAGGACAGCAAUGGCAUGCGCCCACUGCACUACGCAGCCUGGCAGGGCCGGCUGGAGCCGGUGAGGCUGCUGCUGCGGGCCUCUGCAGCCGUCAAUGCCGCCUCGCUGGACGGGCAGAUCCCUCUGCACCUGGCUGCGCAGUACGGACACUACGAGGUGUCAGAAAUGCUCCUCCAGCAUCAGUCCAACCCGUGCCUGGUCAACAAGGCCAAGAAGACGCCACUAGAUCUGGCCUGUGAAUUUGGGAGGCUCAAGGUGGCCCAGCUGCUUCUGAAUAGCCACUUGUGUGUGGCGCUGCUGGAGGGUGAGGCCAAGGACCCAUGUGACCCUAACUACACCACACCCCUGCACUUGGCUGCCAAGAAUGGCCACAGAGAAGUCAUCAGGCAGCUCCUGAGAGCCGGGAUUGAGAUCAACCGCCAGACCAAGACAGGCACGGCACUCCACGAGGCCGCGCUAUAUGGCAAGACUGAGGUGGUACGGCUGCUCCUGGAGGGAGGAGUGGACGUGAACAUCCGGAACACGUAUAACCAGACGGCACUGGACAUCGUGAAUCAGUUCACCACCUCCCAGGCCAGCCGGGAAAUCAAGCAGCUACUGCGAGAGGCCUCAGGGAUCCUGAAGGUGCGAGCGCUCAAGGAUUUCUGGAAUCUUCAUGAUCCCACUGCUCUCAAUGUCCGGGCAGGGGAUGUCAUCACGGUGCUUGAGCAACACCCCGAUGGCCGCUGGAAGGGCCACAUCCAUGAGAGCCAAAGGGGCACAGACCGUGUGGGCUACUUUCCCCCAGGCAUCGUCGAGGUAGUCAGUAAGCGAGUGGGCGUCCCUGUGCCCCGCCUCCCCUCUGUGCCCACCCCUCUGCGUCCAGGCUUCUCCCGGACACCACAGCCUCCUGCCGAAGACCCCCUGCACCCUCUUACCUAUGGCCAGCUCCCUCGGAUGGGCCUUAGCCCAGACAGCCCAGCAGGUGACAGGAAUAGCGUGGGCAGUGAGGGCAGCGUGGGCAGCAUCCGCAGCGCUGGCAGCGGACAGAGUUCUGAGGGCACCAAUGGCCACAGCACUGGCCUUCUGAUUGAGAAUGCCCAGCCACUGCCCUCUGCCGGGGAGGACCAUGUACUGCCGGGACUGCACCCCCCGUCCCUGGCAGACAACCUGAGCCACCGCCCUCUGGCCAACUACCGCUCUGGGGAGCAGAUCUUCACCCAGGACGUGAGGCCAGAACAGCUGCUGGAGGGGAAGGAUGCGCAAGCCAUUCAUAACUGGCUGAGCGAGUUCCAGCUGGAGGGCUACACCGCCCACUUUCUGCAGGCAGGCUAUGAUGUGCCAACCAUCAGUCGCAUGACGCCUGAGGACCUGACAGCCAUUGGGGUGACCAAGCCUGGGCACAGGAAGAAGAUCGCCUCGGAAAUCGCUCAGCUCAGUAUCGCUGAGUGGCUGCCCAGCUACAUCCCGGUGAGUAGGUGGCCGGUGGUGGCACUGGCUCUCGCCGUCAGCUGUGCUGUGUGGUAUCUUUCCCUUUCUGGCCUGGGGGCAGAGGAUGGCAGGGAGCCAGUUCUCAAGCUGGCACUCUUCCAGACGGACUUGCUGGAAUGGCUGUGUGCGCUGGGGCUGCCACAGUACCACAAACAGCUGGUGAGCAGUGGCUACGACUCCAUGGGGCUGGUGGCCGACCUCACCUGGGAGGAGCUGCAGGAGAUCGGUGUCAACAAGCUCGGGCAUCAGAAGAAGCUCAUGCUGGGGGUGAAGCGGCUGGCGGAGCUUCGGCGGGGCCUGCUGCAGGGGGAGGCCCUAGGUGAAGGCGGGCGCCAGCUGGCCAGGGGUCCAGAGCUGAUGGCCAUCGAGGGGCUGGAGAAUGGGGAGGGUCCAGCUGCAGCUGGCCCACGCCUCCUCACCUUUCAGGGCAGCGAGCUGAGCCCAGAGCUACAGGCAGCCAUGGCAGGGGGUGGCCCUGAGCCGCUCCCCCUGCCCCCUGCCCGCUCCCCCAGCCAGGAGAGCAUUGGGGCACGCUCACGGGGGUCUGGUCACUCGCAGGAGCAGCCUGCUCCCCAGCCCAAUGGUGGAGACUCCAGCACCCCACAGGAGAGGAACCUUCCAGAGGGCACAGAGCGGCCCCCCAAGCUUUGUUCCCCACUUCCAGGCCAAGGACCUCCCCCUUAUGUUUUUAUGUACCCCCAGGGCUCACCCUCCAGCCCAGCCCCAGGGCCACCUCCUGGUGCACCCCGGGCCUUCUCCUACUUGGCUGGUCCCCCUGCCACCUCUCCCACCCCUCCGGACCCGCCCCGGCCCAAGCGCCGGUCCCACAGCUUGAGCCGCUCAGGCCCCACCGAGGGGGAAGGUGAAGGAGAAGCCGAAGGGCCAGUGGGCAGCGCCUUGGGCAGUUAUGCCACCCUUACCCGGCGACCGGGACGCAGCGCCCUCGCCCGGACCAGUCCUAGCCCAACCCCAACUCGAGGGGCUCCCCGCAGUCAGUCCUUUGCCCUUCGGGCCCGACGCAAAGGCCCCCCGCCCCCACCCCCCAAGCGCCUCAGCUCUGUCUCUGGCCCCACCCCGGAGCCACCUACGCUCGAUGGGAGCCCAGGGACCAAGGAUGCAGCUGCAGGGCCUCGAAGACGAACACUGAGUGAACCAACUGGCCCCUCUGAGCCCCCUGGCCCGCCUGCCCCCGCCGGCCCCGUGUCAGACACGGAGGAGGAGGAGGAGCCAGGCCCUGAGGGGACACCGCCAUCUCGGGGCAGCUCAGGGGAAGGGCUGCCCUUUGCAGAGGAGGGGAACCUCACCAUCAAACAGCGGCCGAAGCCAGCUGGCCCCCCACCCCGGGAGACGCCUGUGACACCCAGCCUGGAUUUCAACCUCACAGAGUCAGACACUGUCAAGCGCAGGCCCAAAUGCCGGGAGAGAGAGCCGCUGCAGACAGCACUGCUGGCCUUCGGAGUGGCCAGUGCCACAUCUGGCCCCGCAGUCCCCCUGGCCUCCCAGGCUCCCAGCGAAUCCCCUUCCUCUGCUUCUCCCAGUCCUCCCCAGCCCAAGCCCAGCAACCUUCCACCUCAAGGAGCUGUGGCCCCCCAUCCUCCCAGCCCCACAAUGCAGCCCCCUGUGCCCCCCUGCCCUGGGCCAGGUCUGGAAAACUCAGCAGGCAGUCGGUGGAAUGGGGAGACGGAGCCCCCGGCUGCCCCCACUGCCCUCAUCAAGGUGCCUGGCACAGGAACCACCCCGAAGCCUGUGUCUGUGGCCUGUACCCAGCUGGCAUUUUCUGGCCCUAAGCUGGCUCCCCGGCUCGGACCCCGCCCAGUGCCUCCUCCGAGGCCCGAGAGCACCGGGGCUGUGGGCCCAGGCCGGGCUCAGCAGAGGCUGGAACAGACCAGCUCAUCCCUGGCAGCUGCACUGAGGGCUGCAGAGAAGAGCAUUGGUGCCGAGGAGCGAGACGGCCCCCCUGGCACCUCCACCAAGCACAUUCUGGAUGACAUCAGCACCAUGUUCGACGCCCUGGCUGACCAGCUGGAUGCCAUGCUGGAUUGAGCUAGAUGUCCUAUGGCCCUUUGGCAGUACCCACUGCCCUUGCUCCAGUGUGGAAGAAACCCCUGCCACCCUGGGGACAGGCAGAGGGCUGGUCCAGCUGGAGUGCCCCUCCCUAGCAGGGCUCCUUCCUGCUGCUCCAAGCCAGUGGCUGUCAGCACCACAGUUCUUGUGGGGCAGCCCCAUGGCGAGGGCCGAGGGGACUUGUCAGAACCUGACUAGCUGAGGGGACUCUGCUGCGCCUCAGCAAAGGCCUCCCCAGUGUGUGAUCUGACCGACUGCCCUGCCCCCUGCACGGGGACCCUGGUAAGAGCUUUCUCCUCACAAAGGAGGAGGGGGUAGCAGGGCUUCUGGGGUGCUUCCUCUGUGCCCCCCAACCUGUGUCUCAAGUCCCUGUGCCAAGGGAAUGCCUCUUGCCACCUGCCAUGCUGCCCUGGCGCUGAGGCUGGAGGAGGCAGUGUCUGGCUCCCUCCCCGCAGCUGUACAUAGGACAUGUAGAUACGCAGCAGGGGCUGUACCCAGGCCAGCUCCUGCCCCUGCCUUCCCUCACUGUAGGCAGAGGUGGCAGGGGGGGAGGCAGUGGGAUUAACAGAUCCCAAAAGUCCAAACUUUUUCAAUUGUAAAUGUUAUUUUUUAAGCAGAGAGAAAUGCAUAUAUUAUAAAUGGAAUUUAUUCUAUCUAUUAACUGCCUGAGAGGGCGCAGUGGGGGGAGUUCGGACCACAGCAGGAGUGCCCACUGCCCACCUCAGGGCUGGAAGCCUGACCUGGUUGGCCCAGGCCUCGGCCCUGUAACCAUUAACCUCUUCCCCCAACUAACACCAAUGAAAGUGUCAUUCCAUACAA